AUGACUUCGAAGAGCAGAGAGUCGAGAACGAGGUUACCUUACCCUGCGGGAGAUUAUUCUUUUCCGCCAGACACAUUCUCUCCUAGUAAUUCUCCACCUUCGUCGAUUAGUUCCGCUAUGAGGCCAUUGUCUACGGCCAUUUCGGGGCUACCCCUCCAUGCAUCCUCAGGAGUGGGCACACUACCGGGUGCUUCGUACUCCACCACAUCACUCUCCUCACUGGCUUCGGGUGCGGGCAGGCCGCCGUCCCCGCCUGCUCAACCCAAGUUCGCUCCUGCGUCUGCUUUGGUCAACCGAACGGCCAGCCCAACGCCCGCACCAGCAAAAGGACGAGGAACACAACAAGGUUUGCCGCCACCCCCAAAAUCGGCUGUUUGGUAA